AUGCCGAGAUGUGGUAGCACUGCGCGGCCGACGUUUGGCCGUACAAGACCGAUCCAGCGCAAGAUAGUAGUGUGCGGCGACGGCGCCACGGGGAAGACGUCUCUAUUGAAUGUCUUCACGCGUGGGUGGUUCUCCGCUGUCUAUGAGCCGACCGUGUUCGAGAACUACGUGCACGACAUGCACGUGGAAGACCAACUGGUCGAGCUCAGUCUUUGGGAUACCGCCGGUCAAGAAGAGUUUGAUCGGCUGCGGUCACUAAGCUACGCGGAGACGCACGUAGUGAUGUUGUGCUUCUCAAUUGACAAUCCAACAUCUCUUGACAAUAUCGAGUCGAAGUGGAUUGAUGAGAUCCUGGAAUAUUGUCCAGGUGUAAAGUCGCCGCUGAAAUGCGAUCUUCGUGAAGACCGCGCAACUCAAGAGCGGUUGUCACGCUACGGCACGCAUACAGUCCAAUAUGAGGAGGGCCUUGCAGUCGCAAGGCGGAUACGAGCAUCGCGAUACUUAGAGUGCAGCGCCAAGCACAAUCGCGGUGUUAGUGAGGUGUUCUACGAAGCAGCCCGUGUCUCGAUUGCGACUCGUGCGAAAGGCUCAGGAGCCUCCUUUGGUGGCUGCGUCAUCGUUUGA